AUGUUACUACUGCUUGUUGCCAACCUGAUCAUUCUGCCAGUCGCCAUAUCCUUCUUCAACGAUGACCUCAGCACACGCUGGAUAGCCUUCAAUUGCCUCUCCGACACCAUAUUUCUUAUAGAUAUCGUUGUUAAUUUUAGAACAGGAAUAAUGCAGCAGGAUAAUGCAGAACAAGUGAUAUUAGAUCCCAAAUUAAUAGCGAAGCACUAUUUGAGGACAUGGUUCUUCCUUGACCUCAUCUCUAGUAUACCACUAGAUUAUAUAUUUUUGAUCUUCAAUCAGGUAAACGACUUUAGUGAAAGCUUUCAAAUCCUUCACGCGGGUCGUGCGCUAAGGAUACUUCGGUUAGCAAAGCUUCUGUCGCUGGUGCGGUUGUUGCGGCUCUCCAGGCUCGUCCGAUAUGUAUCACAAUGGGAGGAAGUAUAUUUCCUCAAUAUGGCGUCAGUUUUCAUGCGGAUAUUCAACCUGAUCUGUAUGAUGUUAUUAAUCGGCCACUGGUCAGGUUGUCUUCAAUUCCUCGUUCCUAUGCUACAGGGAUUUCCACCAAAUUCAUGGGUUGCGAUAAAUGAACUGCAGGAAGCAUACUGGCUAGAACAGUACUCCUGGGCUCUGUUCAAAGCUAUGUCUCAUAUGUUGUGCAUCGGAUACGGACGCUUCCCGCCACAGUCGCUCACUGACAUGUGGCUCACUAUGCUUUCCAUGAUCUCCGGUGCUACCUGCUACGCGCUGUUCCUCGGUCAUGCUACCAAUCUCAUCCAAAGUUUAGAUUCCUCGCGGCGACAAUACCGUGAAAAGGUGAAACAAGUAGAAGAGUAUAUGGCCUACCGAAAACUACCUCGGGAGAUGCGGCAACGUAUCACGGAAUACUUCGAGCAUCGAUAUCAGGGCAAGUUCUUCGAUGAAGAACUGAUCCUGGGUGAACUAAGCGAGAAGUUACGCGAAGAUGUCAUCAAUUACAACUGCCGCUCACUCGUUGCCUCCGUACCGUUCUUCGCCAACGCAGAUUCCAACUUCGUAUCAGACGUUGUAACCAAACUGCGCUACGAAGUCUUCCAACCUGGUGACAUCAUUAUCAAAGAAGGAACUAUCGGUAGCAAAAUGUAUUUUAUUCAAGAAGGCAUUGUAGACAUCGUUAUGGCGAAUGGAGAGGUGGCCACUAGUUUAUCAGACGGUUCCUACUUCGGUGAAAUUUGUCUUCUGACGAACGCUCGAAGAGUGGCUUCCGUCCGCGCCGAAACGUACUGCAAUUUAUUCUCUUUAUCAGUGGACCAUUUCAAUGCAGUGCUCGAUCAGUACCCGCUGAUGCGGCGCACAAUGGAAAGCGUAGCAGCGGAACGACUGAACAAGAUAGGGAAGAAUCCAAACCUAGUGGCGCAUCGAGAAGACGACACAACGUCGGAGGGGAACACGAUCAAUGCCGUGGUGAACGCACUGGCAGCCGAGGCGGAGCACGUGAGUCUGUCGGACGACAGUGUGGCACGGCUGUCGGAGCGUUCACUGGGACUGGCGCUGCAGCCGUUGCAGGCCGCGUCGUGCCGCAUGGCGGGCGUUGCGCUGCCGGGGCUGGGUGUGGCGGCGGCAGCGCUGCCGCGACCCAAGUCUGAGCACGACUUUAGCUCGGCGCAGGCCCUGUCGGCCGCGCCCGCCGCCUUCCACAAGUCGGACGCCGGCAUCGCACCCUGA